UGUGUUAAGGGGAUGGUGGGAGGGGUUAAAUUAAAGGGUGUGGCAUUCUAUGCAUAAAAUACUCUGUCUGUCUCUUCAGCCCUCACUCCCUUGCCAUCACUGUCUUUUACUUCUUUGCUCGCUGUGAACUCCACACAAAUCCAAGUCACAAUGUCUAAAAUUCAGCCAGCCAUGGUUCUGUUGAUUGAGGCCUUCCAUAAAUACUCUGGGAAAGAGGGAGACAAAAAUACCCUAUCCAAAGGCGAGCUCAAAGAAUUGCUUAAUGCAGAGUUAAGCGAUUUCCUGGGGAAAUCCACUGACAAGUCAGCUCUCGACAAGAUCUUUAAGGAUCUGGAUGCAAAUGCUGAUGGCACUGUGGACUUUCAGGAGUACGUCACCCUGGUUGCCUGCAUCACUAUGAUGUGCCAUGAUUUUUUCACGAAGGCAAUAUAAAUGGUUCAUUAAUGAUUUGAUUAACCUUAUCCUUAUUCUGUAAAAAGAUGGUACAUCUGGAAAAAAAAAGAUAAAUAAAUAAAACAUUUCAAUGUUUUGAAUUAAACAAUUUAUUCUUAUGA